CAAAAGCAUGCCAGUGUGCACAGCAAUUGACUCCAGAACGCAGGCUCAUAAAUAUUCCAAGGUCUUAUUGUUACAGCUUCUUUUUAAGGAAGGCUGCAUACGAUGUUAGGAUGCCUACCAAUCCGAAAACUGCUCCAACCCGAACAACCAUAGCAACUGCUGCUUUAGAUGGCCCGCUGACCUCAUCUUUGGUGUUGCUCAUCCUUCCCAGCAUCUCUAGCGGUAUCUUCCGUUGUUACCGCAACUGCAUCGUAUCCACGUAUGCCAAAGGAAUAGAGGCGUGAACAUGGCGUAUUGGCACGAAUAUACAUGGAUCGUAGUGACCGGAUGUCUCGCUUCGUUUUUCACGGCCUACGGCAUUGGUGCCAAUGAUGUUGCCAAUGCGUUCGGCAGCAGCGUCGCAGCGCGAACCCUUACAAUGCGCCAGGCGCUACUAAUCGCCUCCGUUUGCGAGUUCGGGGGCAGUGUGCUGCUAGGGGGCGAGGUGACGCGGACGGUAGCGGGCGGCAUUGCAAAGCUGGUUGUUUUUGAACAAGAUCCGGAAAUCUACAUGUACGGCAUGUUGUGUGCGCUGGUGUCCUCUGGCACCUGGCUCAUCCUGGCUACGUACCUGGAGUUACCUGUCUCCACAACCCACUCCAUCGUGGGAGCUGUCAUGGGCUUCGCAUUCGUGUACGGCGGCCCGGGUGCCGUAGUGUGGCUGCAGCCGAUGGAGGCCUUUCCGUACAUGAAGGGAAUGGUGCCUAUCGCGUUGUCGUGGUUCGUCUCGCCACUCGUCUCCGGUCUAGCCACCGCUGCGCUGUUCUUCCUGCUGCGUGCCGCCAUCCUGCGCCGAGCCAACAGCCUGCAGCUGGCACUUUGGGCGCUGCCGCUGCUGGUGCUGCUCACCGUCUUCAUCAACUGCUACUUCGUGCUGUACAACGGUGCCAGCAGGAAGCUGCAGUGGGCCUCCGCUCGGUGCGCAUGGGUGAGCGCGUGCGUGGCGGGCGGCUGCGCGCUGCUGACGGCGUUGGUGGGGCUGCCUCUGGUGCGGGGACACGUGCAGCGGGAGCUGCAGGAGGCCGCAAGGCUACAGCAGCAGCUGUCUACCGACGAGGCUCCUGUGGUGGCAGCUGAUGAUGACCGCUGCACCCGCCGCCACCCCACCGCCCACCCAUGCCAUGACACGGCGGCUCCUCACGGGAGGACACAAGAGGCACCGUGCGGUACUGCUGGGGUCUCAGGGAAGGUAGCUGGUGGGUGGGCUGGUGGUGGUGGCGGAGGCGUCGACCAGCACCUCCCGCAAGGCAGAGCCAGCAGCACAUGUGUUGCUCAUGCAGCUGCAGCAGCUACAGCAGCAGUUGGGGCAGGCAGCAGUGCCGCUGCUGUUGCUGCGGGCGUUGGUGCGGGCGCUGAGGAGGCUGGUGCGGCGGGAGGCAUGGGAAUGAGACAGCAGCAACAGCGGCAGCAGUGUCCCCAGCAGCAACAACAGCAGUGGUCCCAGCAGGGGUUGCUGCAGCCGAGCCACCAGGGCGUUAUGGUGACCCGUGGGUCGCUGUCCUUUGGCCCCAGUGCUGCUGCUGCUGCUGUUAGCAGCAGCAGCAGUGACAGCAGCAGCAUGCCCUCAGCGGGUCAUGAUGCAGCUUCCUUACAAGCGGCAGCUGCAGCAGCAGCAACAACAUCACCACCUCGGCAGGAAGAGGAAGAGGAAGAGGGUGGCCCACAGGAUGCCUCCCCCACCGGCGAACACUCUGCCACCGCAGCCCCAGCAGAAGCCCUUCAGCACCCGCUACCAAAGCAUCAGCCCAGUGCGAAGUAUCCGCCCCCUCCGCACCCACCCCCAGCAUUGUCAUCUUGCACAGCAGCCCCCGUUGAGGAGGAUGCGGCUCAUGGAUAUGCAGCAGCAGAGGCGGCGGGUGGGGUGGCGGCGGUGGGAGCAGUCGGGUCAUCCUCGACGGCGUCGGCGGUGGCGCUACUGCCGCCACCGCCCGCGACUGACGCCGCUGCAACAGCACCUGAAACCGUGGAGGGGGAGCAGAUUUGGGGCCAGCAGCAGCAGCAGCAACAAUGGCAGCAGCAGCAGAACUUACAGCACCAGCUGCUGCAAUGGGCGCCGCAACAGCAGUUGGGAAUGGCGCUGGAACAACAGCAGCAACAGCAGCAGCAGCAACAGCAGCAAGCGUGGUUUCACUCACAACUGCAGCAGCAGCAGCAACAGCAGCAAGCGUGGUUUCACUCACAGCUGCAGCAGCAGCAGCAGCAGCCAGAACUGCUACAACAGUACGGGCAAUCCUGGCAUGUGGAUGUACGGCAGGUGGACAACAACAGCGUGCAUUGUUGGCCGGCAGCAGGACCCACAUCGUCGUCAAGCUACCCGCUACAACACCAGCAACACCAGCAACAGUACCAACACCAGCGCUGGCAGCAAGGGCCAGCAGGCACCUAUCUGCACCCUCAGCACCAACAGCAGCAACAGCAGCACGCAUGGCAACAGCGGUAUCAGCAGCCCUCGCAGCGGUCUCCCUUGCAAACAAGACUGCCCGCUGGACCGGUUGCCGAGGCGCGUGAUGGGGCCCACAGCAGCUGGCCAGCAGCAGCAGCAGCAACGGAAGCAGGUUGUACGGAAAGAAGUCCUUUCGAUAGAUCAGAUCCGUACGACAAUGCGGCAGCAGCGGGUGUGUACGGCGCUGGUGUGUUGUACGACGGGGGUUCAGGACCGUCGUUUGAUGGUAGUGAUGGUGGCAGGGGUGGUGGAGGUGGAGGAUGUGGGGGUGAUCGCAGCUCCUCGGUUGUCUCCGUCGAUGGCGACGCGGGCGACAGGGACACUGGCCAACGUGGGCAUGCGCACUGGCAAAACACAUUCGACCAGUUGAAGGCCGUUGUGCUUCACGGCACCCGAGUGGACGUGCAUGCGGCCGCGCUGACGGACACCGCCGUGCGCCGCAUACACACACACGCGGAGGUGUUCGACCCCGCCAGCGAGCACGUGUUCAAAUACCUGCAGGUUGUCACCGCCAUGUGCGACUCCUUCAGCCAUGGCGCCAAUGACGUGGCCAACUCGGUGGGGCCGCUGGCGGCCAUCUGGCACAUCUACCGCCACCAGCGAGUUGACUACCUAUCCGACCUGCCGGUGUGGGUCCUGCUGCUGGGCGGGGCGGGCAUCGUGGUGGGGCUGGCAACAUACGGCUACAACAUCAUCCGCGCCAUCGGGGUGCGCCUAUCCGUCAUCACGCCCUCCCGCGGCUUCUGCAUCGAGCUCUCCACCGCGCUGGUGGUGGUGCUGGCCUCCAAGUACGGACUGCCCAUCUCAACAACACACUGCCAGGUCGGCGCCACGGCCGGCAUGGGCCUCAUGGAGGGCUCCCGCGGCCUGCACUGGCGCCUGGCCACCCACUUCCUGGCUGGCUGGGUGGUGACGCUGGUGCUCAGCGGCCUGCUGUCGGCGGGGCUGUUUGCGGCGGGCGCGUAUGCACCCAGUGUGGUGCAGGCGCGGGAGGUACGGCGCUACCAGCAGGCGAUCGUGGAGGUGUCGGGCAGGAUCGACUUGCUGCUGAGCCGCACCAUCACCGCCGCCCGUUCCGACCCUGCCACAUGGGGCAACACCUCCAGCGGCAGCAGCGCCGCCCUCGCCACCGCCCUGGCAGCGGACGCCGCCUGGCUGCAAGCCGCCGCGGCCCCCGGGAGCGAUAAGGUCACCCGGGCCGUACAGGUGAUCCAGCAAGCUGAGCUUGUGCGCUUUUUAAAUCGUACGAUGAUGACGUACGUCAACAACUCGGUGCCGUACAUUGGGGGCAUGGAGGCCAAGGGGUUGGUGCUGCCUAGGAGGCCCUAAUGCGCACUGACGUGGGUGAACGAGGCAAAAAAAUAAGAAGCCUAAUUUUGCAGCGAAGGGUGGGGGGAAGUAGAAGGACAUGGAAAGGAGGCAGCGGUGGGGUUGGAGAAGAUGUGGGAUUGUUCAUUGGAGGCGGGUGAUGAACUAGGCAAGGAUGCACGGUAUUCGUCACUGUCUGCAUCUGUGUGGAAUACACUUUCAAGGACUGGUGUGCAGGUUCCUUGGCAACACCGCCUGAUACCCUGGUGGAAGGUAUCACACGUGGGUAUCUGAUGGACUGGAACGGCUGGAAUCCGGGGGCUGUAGGCUAUGAGGCGGUGAGGUAGUGGGGGUAAAGCGGAAGCAGCAGGGGGGGGACGCGCGGGAGGAGCCGCGGCUGAAGUUCAACCUCAUUGUUUCCAAACCUCACUGGGAAUGGAGAAAUACUCACCAUGUUGAUGUCAUGUUCCGGGACCGCGGUUUUGGAUGUGUGUCUUGGUUGGUCUGCUGAGGGGAAGCGGUCGGCCAGGCGGGGUGUUAAGAGAACUGGCCGCGAGUAGGAACGUACUGGUGGUGUGUACUGCUUGCGACUGGGCACGUAUUGCGUUGGGUACGUCCCAAUGGUGUUCAGGCCCGGACAGGCGGGGCUUAAGUUGUAGAUAGAAGGUAGCUAAGGGGCGGGCAGCAAGCAGCGCACGUGUGCGUAUGUGAAAGCACAUGUCGUACAUGUCCCGUACGCACAUCGAGAACCCGUACGUGCUCGUACAGGGGGUAUGUGAGCUGGGACACAUGCAUCAUGCAUGUGUAGCGAGCCGCAAGCACAUUGCAACUGUUUGUUCGUACGUAUAUUCGUACGCGUUGGGUUGAAUGUUAUGCAUUCUGUUACUCUGCGUAUGCAGUUUUUUGUUGUCGUUCCUCGUAUGUUCGUGUUGUGCGUUUUCUCCCGGUAUACUUUCCCAACUGAUGAAGGUGUUGUACCGUGUUGCGCAUCAUGCAUGUUUUCAUGCGUACGAUCAACGUCAGCAGCAUUCCUCGCCGCACGCAAGUCGUUGGAUCGUAUAACCCGCAGUGCUGUACACGGUUCGGGGAUCGUCAAGCGAAG